AUGGCUCUAAAUAUAUCAGGUCCAAUGACCACUAUUUACACCCUGCCUUCAUUUCCCUUUCCUCCAUCAGCCAGACUUCCCAUUCUUCUUAUUUCAACCCUUACAUAUAUGGUUAUAAUUUUUUGCAAUAUAAUGAUUGUUGUUACUGUUGCCAAGACCCGUAAACUACACCAGCCAAUGUAUUUGCUACUUGCUAAUUUACCUAUGUGUGAUAUGUGGGGAGCAACUGCCUUUUUCCCCCAAAUGAUUUCCUCCAUGAUGUUUGACCCCAGAGUUAUCACAGAUUGGGUGUGUAGGUUACAGGCGUUGGUUGCUCAUAUGUAUGGUGCAUCAAGUGUAUUUACAUUAACAGCAAUGGCCUUUGAUCGCUAUGUAGCUAUCUGCAAGCCUCUGUCCUAUAACACCAUUAUGACAAAUAGUAAUGUUGCUAAAAUAAUAUGCUUCAUUUGGCUUUCUGAUUUCACUUGUUUGCUCAUCUUAAUUUUGAUGACGCUUCGGCUUAAGAACUGCAGUACUGAAAUCGUUGAUAUGUUCUGCUCUAACCCAGCUCUAAUGCAAAUGGCUUGCGGAGGAGUUGGUGCAAAUAACUAUUAUGGCAUGUUUACUAUUGCUUUCUUCCAGGGAACAUCUUUGUGUAUAAUUCUGUUCACAUAUGCACAAAUCCUCUUCACCUGCUUUUUCAAAAAACAGUCAGAGGCUAAACGUAAAGCGUUUCAGACAUGUGGAUCGCAUAUAGUAGUUUUUUUAUUUUUCCAGUUAAAUUCAUUUGUUUAUUUCCUUACACAUCGUGUUCCAAAUGCUCCCAUUGCUGGGUAA